UUGUUGAAUUUAAAACAUUAAUUUUAAGUGAAAGUAGUUGCAAAAAUAAAAAAAUAAAAAUAGAAAAAUUGUUUGAUAAACAAUGUAAUGACUGCUCCUGUUGAAUCUGUGAGCGUGCCAGAGGAGCUGACUGACAAGAACACUUAUAUGUUGCUUUCAUCAAGUGAAAAUCUUGUUUCAAAAGGAGAUACAACGAUUGGUUAUCAAAACGCAGAGCAAAAUUUAUCAAAUCAAUUGCAGAGUUCUUUGGCGCAUUUAAGUGCGCCACAAGCAUUGGAAAUUUUCUCCCAAGUUUUUAAUCUAGCAACCAACCCUUUACUUCACUCUCAACUUCCUCAAACAUUUGGAGAUAAUAGUAGUGUUAGUAGUAGUCCUACAAAGGGUGUUGCUUAUCAAAGAAAAUCAAAAAUGGAAGAAUUGUACAAAUGGCGAGUGUGGACUCCAUAUACUAUUCCUGUUAUGAAAGUUAAAGGGGAUACAGCUUUUGACAAUCACAACAUGCCACCUUCUAAGGUAGUGCAUUGUCGUGCAGUUGCUGAUGGUUGUAAAGAAACAGACUUGGUGCAAAUUAUGAGACCAUUUGGAAGCAUUAGAGCACUGACAUUAAUGCCAAAGCUGCGACAAGCUCUUGUUGAAUAUGAGGAAUUAGAAUCAGCUAUAGCUUGUGUCACCUAUGCUCAGAUUCAACCUGUGCUUAUACUUGGUCGUCAGAUGUAUGUUAAUUAUUCUAAAAGCACAGAAAUAAAUAGAGACUUUAGUAAUUCCAAUGCAUCAGUCGGUCAAGCACCAACAAACAUUUUGUUAUUUACUAUUAUUAAUGCUAUUCAUCCAGUUAAUGUGGAAACAGUUAAAAAAAUUUGUUUACAGCAUGCUGAAGUUCAACGUAUUGUUAUCUUUCAUAAGAAUGGAUUGCAAGCUCUUGUAGAAUUUUUAUCUGUAGAUGAUGCUCAGCGAAUACAGCAAGCAUUAAAUGGUUGUGACAUUUUUGCUGGAUGUUGUACACUUAAAAUUGACUUUUCAAAGACAGGCAGAUUAAAUGUGCAUGCAAACACUACAGAAACAUAUGAUAUUGAAAUAGAAAAACGUAAGAGAGGAGGUUCCUUAUUGUCAUUAAUUAAUAAUUCAGAAACAAGCCCAAUGUUUGCUCAAGCUGCCAUGGCUUCAGCAUUCUCUCAAACUAGUGUAGGAAAGUCAAUGCAGUCUUUAUCAGAAAUUUUUAGCAAUCCUAAAUCAUUUAAUGUUGAAAAUGGAAAAUUAAGUGCUGAUGUUAUUGCAGCCUUACUUGCAAGUGCAGCAAGUUUUCCACAAAUGCAGCAUAUUAUUACAAAAUUGUUAAACAAUGAAAACAAUCCACAGAUAUCACACACUGCACCAGGUAUAAAUUCUCUCCUUUCAUCCGGUAUGGAUUCUUCAAUAGACAAUGAGUCGGGUUCAAAUAUUAGUCGUACCACUCUUCUGAAUCAACAACCAUGUUUAACUGAGCCUAACUCGUCUCAAUUUUCUGCAAUUGGUAGUGCACUUAGUUUAGUUGGUGGUGAAGGAUGUGUUGCAAUGGUGUAUGGUGUUAAUCACGAAAAGAUGAACUGUGAUCACCUUUUUAAUCUGUUUUGUCUUUAUGGAAAUGUUGUUAAGGUUAAGACACUUGUUAACAAACCUGGCUCAGCAAUGAUACAAUAUACAGAUAAAGUGUCGACAGACAUUUCAAUUAGAAAUCUCAAUAAUUUAACUUUGUUUGGUCAAAAGUUCCAACUGUCAUUCUCAAAGCAUCCCUUCAUAGCAGACUCAUCACAAGUUACCCCUUUGUUUGAUGGCUCUCCUUCAGCUGUGAGUUAUGCCGAUUCACGAAACAAUCGCUUCAAGUUCAUUCCCGGAGGAGUAGAUGUGUUUUCACGUAUUCAUCCUCCAUCAAAGGUACUUCACUACUUUAACGCUCCUCCUGACUGUACAGAAGAUCAGCUGAAUAAAGUUUUCCAAAUGCUUGGCUGUGAAAUCCCUAUUAAACAAGCUACGUUUUCAAAAAGUAACAUGAAAUCAUCAUCGGGUCUUAUUGAAUUUACCUCCGUACCUGCUGCAGUCGAAGCACUAAUACUAGCAAACCAUUUUACAAUGCAUAGAGAUAAUGCUUCUGAUCCAUUUCAUACGAUAGAACAAAAUAGCGCUGCAUUCACACUCAAACUUGCCUUCUCUCCUAGUAAUGCAAUUAACAAUUAAUAUAUCCCAAAAUAUCUAAAAAUUAUGCAAGACAAACUUCAACAUGGUAGCAUCAAAGUGUAAAUAAUUUUUUAUUGCAUUCGUUCGUUCAUACCACAACUUUACCGCCCCAACGCAAGAUAUUCAUACAGAAUUAUUUCACCAUUUGCAACAAAAUGCAGCUUAUGCAGAAUUUUAUGUAUUUUUAUUUCCCAUCGACAAAGAUUUGCAUCCUUCAAUGCUUGCAGUAACGCAUUCGCCAUUGUUUAUAUUUGGUUGACUGUAUUGUGGUAUUUUCAACAUAAAUUUCUUUGGAUAUUUUAUCAAAUUUAUUCAAGGGAAUCUUAUUUAUUACUUUCAAUAUUUUAGAAAAGUUAGAAUUUAUAAAGCAAAAGUGUUUAUAAAGCAAAACAACAUGUUUUUUGGUAUAAAUUUAUGUGUGCAUAUAUAUAUAUAUAUAUAUAUAUAUAUAUAUAUAUAUAUAUAUAUAUAUAUAUAUAUGUACGUUUUUAUUAUUGUUUUGUUCAAUCGUCUUUAAGAUUGCAAAGAACAUGUUGCAAAAUCACUAUGAGUGAAAAACUAAUGUAUUUUGGUAAAUUAUACUUUGCAAGUAAAACUUGCGCUGUUAAAUUUCUUGGACUAUUUUGUUUGUUUUUAUGCACGCUCCUAUAAUAUUCGCUUUUCAUGACGUAAUGUAUUUCUAAUUUUUAGUGACUUCUUAUUGUAACAGGUAAAAAUCCAUAGUAAAUUUUAUAUACAGAAUCCUAAAAAAGAUUUUUUUUUAUGAUAUAGUUUUUGUUAAAUUUUCUUUUGCUUUUCAUGUCAGCAAUUAAAAAAGAGCGAUGUUCAUGAAAAUAUAGUUUGAUAAUUUUUAAAUCUCUUUUUUUUUGUGUGGAUUUGUUGUCGUUCGUUGUUAAAAGUCUUUGCAUAGCUGUUUUGUAAGUCUCCGUUACUUUUUUAUUUUACGUGAGUUUUAUACACAUUCUGACAUUUAACUGAGUUGUAAUUGUCAAUGAUUUUAUUGGGCAUAACAGCUUAAUGCAUUCACCUUUUGUUCCACGUUGCGUGAUUUUUCGUAAAAGUCUUUUAGGAGUUUAUGAACUUUUUUGAGCAUUGUAAAUACGUUGUUCAUUCACGUUUUAUUGUUGUAAAAUGAUAUUAUGCAUGUUCUGCAACUAAAUAUUUGGUUUUUGAUUAGUUAAUAGGCGAGUAUGUAAGAGAAGAUCGAUUAUGAUUUAAAGUUGCUUUAAAAUUUUACUUGGAUAUUGGGUGUAAAAUCUCAUAAACAAAUAAAAUUUAACGAGUA